GUUGAGAUCUAAGCAUCUGAAGGCUGUUGAAUCUAACAAAGACAAAGCGCAUUCGUUGGAGAUGGAAAUUGUCGAGUCUGAUGUUGAAUUGGACAAUUCGGAUGUUGUGGAGCCGGACUAUGACCCUCCGCUUCAGAUGGGUGAUCCUUCGGUUGAAGUGAAUGAAGCAGAUCGAGAAGGUGCCCUAGUGCAAAAAGCAAUGGCCAUGGAUGCAGCAUUUCUUGAAGGAAAUCUCGUUAAAGCUAUGAGUCAUCUAACUGAAGCGGUCGUGUUGAAUCCAAAAUCAGCAAUGCUGUAUGCUAGCAGAGCUAGUAUGUUCGUUAAGCUGAAGAAACCAAAAGCUGCAAUCCGUGAUGCUGAUGCUGCAUUGAAGAUCGACGAUGAGUUGUUUAAAGGAUAUAAAGCUCGAGGUAUGGCAAAAGGGAUGUUGGGCUUGUGGGAAGAUGCUGCAAGAGAUUUGCAUAUGGCAAGAAAGUUUGAUUUUGAUGAGGAGACUACUGUGAUGCUUAAGAAGGUGGAAUCGAAUCGCAAGAAGAUUGCAGAACACCGCCAAAAAUACGAAAAGCUUCAAAAAGCAAGUGAGCAGAGAAAGGCUGAGGUCGAAAGGCUGAUAAAGAUGAAGGAAGCUGAAAAUGAAUCUGCUUCACUGCUGAAGGAUGGGCAAGUGAUUCGUGGCGCCUCUGCUAAGGACCUGAAGAUGAAGCUGGACGCUGCUGCAAAGACGUCUUGCCUUGCAAUAGUCUACUUCACUGCAACAUGGUGCGGCCCCUGCGUUCACAUUGGUCCUAUAUUCACAAACCUAGCCUCAAAAUACCCCAAGGUGGUGUUCCUGAAACUCGACAUUGAUGAGGCGCGGGAUGCAGCAGCAGAGUGGCGAAUCCAAAGCAUCCCGAGUUUCUAUCUGUGGAAAGAUGGAAGAGUGGUGGGUGAAGAGCUCCAGAUGAGGAUGAGCUCACUUGAAAAGAUGAUUCAUGAGCACACUGCUUAGAUCUUCAAACAACAUUCUUUAUUUGUAUGUUUACCAAGGUAAAGACACAUCAAAAUGAGUUCUUGUUUUAGUGUUUACUGCCAAGAAAAGUUAUAAUGUUUCAGUGUUCUUUUAGUUGUGUUUUGGUGAUUAGCUAUGACAGACUUGAAAAGUAGAGAUUUUUGUUAGACCUAAACCCACAAAAUUGUAGUAAUCCAUGUAGCAGAGACAUCAUACUCCAUCAUUAUGUAAAAUGUCUAUUAUACCCUUCAACUCUGUUA